AUGCUCACAAAACUUCCGCAGGCCAGCGGAACAAGACAACUGGUGGUGAUGAACACGGCAGAUGACCUGCAGCGGCAGGUGUCGCUGCCUUCCUGCUACUUGCCCGAGGCCUUUAACAACCUGGGACCAUGCUCAGUGACGGCCAACGCAAUGCUGCUGGACGACGUUGACAACGAUGGCGACAAUGAAGUGAUCGUUGGUGACCUCAACGGAAACAUCACCGCCUACAAGAACUCGAGAUGCUGGGCGCACAUCAAGGUGGAGGGUGCUAUCGAAGCCAUCUGUUGCGGCGACUUCAUGAAUGUCGGCAAGAACCACCUGCUGGCCGUGAAUGCAGAGGGCAGUGCAUAUGUGCUGGAAUGCAGACGCAAAACGUCUCUCGACGUGCCCGUCAUGACGCUGCUGUGUCUGUACUCGUUCAAGUGCACCAUCAACUGCAAGAUGCUCGCCAUCGCCCCGCAGUUGAACCCGUCGUCCGGCAUCCACGAAAACGUGGUGUACAUCAGCCGCUCAGACCGGCGCCUCGAAUCCUACCUUCUUAUGCAGCACGAUGUCGCGUCACUGUCGAGUGCUGAGGGCCAGCGUCGACAGCCACCGCCGAAGACGUACGAGAGCGUACAGGAGAUUGUCGCAUCAAGCAAGCGCGUGCGGCAACGCCUGCUGGUGUUCAAGCUGCCCCGUCUGGCGUUUGCAACACAGCUGUCCGCCGUCACGUCUGUGAAGUUGCGCACGGGGGCGCGCCAGACUGUCAUGGCAACAUCGGGCGAUGUGGUGCCAGUCCCAUCACCCUUCCCAGCACCACCAGCACCACCGCCAUCAUCAGCAGCAACAGCAGCACCACUAUCAGCAUCACCAUCAGCAGCAUCAGCAACAACAACAACAACAACAACAACAACAACGUCGUCGUCGUCAUCAUCUCGUGAGCGUGGGAACACGACACCGAAGCGUAUGGUGUUCACGCGCCGUCGCGGCGAGCGUGGGGUUCUCGGACGCGAACACGGCGACGCCCAGCCAAUCACGUUUUCAUUCAAGGUUUCCGUUGAUCGCCGCUUCCCAGUUCGCCCACCGCCACCCCCAGCACGCGCACGGCCACAGCGCACCAUCAGCGUCCGCGGUGACAGCCUGCACAGCAUGUUCGUGCGCACGACCGUCACACGACGCGGCAGCAGGGUCCGCAGGGCAGCCGGCAAUGGAGCAGCCACCAAGGGCAACAGCAACAGCAACGGUAAGGGCGGUGUUUCUGGUGCGCAGCAGCGAUCGCGCCACGCGUCUGUCACGACGCCGUCACCGCUCUCCCGCUCAUCGUCGCGCACGGCACCGGAGGACCCGGCGAUGGCGCCGGGGACAGAUGCGGCAGGAACAGGUGGGGCGCAGGCCAAGGAGGGUACCCAUCACGCAACGCAGCAGCAGCAGCAGCAGCAACAACAACAACAACAACAACAGCAGCAGCAGCAGCAGCAGCAGCCACAAGACAAGGCGAAUGCGUCGUCGUCAUCGUCAUCAUCGCCAGCAGCGGCGGCGGGAGCCGGUGGGCGUGGUCGCUCCAGUGGUGGAAAGGGCGGCCGGUUGAACAUGCUGAAAGCAACAGCGAAACGAAACGCACGUGCGGGCCUGCACUCGUACCUGCUGCCGCCACCGCAAACGGACAAACGGUCCAGCGAACCGCCAAAGCCGGAGGAGUGUCUGCUGACAUGCACGAGUGACGGCAUUGUGACGAUGCUCUCGCUUGACGAACGCCGCGUGCUGUGGGAGUACAAGACGCAGCGCCACCUGCUGGCAGGGUGCCCCAUAUCGCCGCCAACAGCCCACGCACGCACGCCGUUCACCCCGAUUGCGGUGGUGGUGAGCUGGGACGGCACGCUGUUCUUCUUCGAUCAACGGGGCACGCCCACAACCGUCAUUGUCAAUGAGGAGAUUAGCGCGUUUGUGUGCGGGCAGCUGGGCGACGGCCAGGGGUUCACGGUGGCGUUCAUCACCGUGUUGGGCGAGCUGGUGCUGGCGCCAAACUUCCACCUGUGCACGCGCAUGCAGGACAUGGAUGCCGCAUUGCAUCACUUCCAGUCGCUGCUGUCCUCCCACGGGCGCCUGUAUGACGUCAUCGACGUGCGCGCGGCGCGGCUGCGCGUCAAACAGCAGCAGCGGCUGCACAAACAGUGGCUGCUGCUGGAGCGACGGCGAGCAAAGGACGGACACACGCGCGUUUCGCGCGGCCGCCACCACCACAACAGUCUCCAGCAACAUCUCCACAACCGCUUGCGUGCUGAGCGCAUGAUACGAUGCAGCGUUAAGGCCUCGCUAGCCAGGCGGCUGCACCAGCUCCUCUUUGAGCUGUGA